AUGUCCGGCUCAGCCUCUUCUUCCGGCGGGUACGAAGCCUUCGGCUCGUUCCACACGCCGUCCACCGCCGCGCUGUUCGCCCGAGACGACACAGAAUCAGAUCCGGCAAUGGUGUUCGCGUCCGAAAUUGCGUCGCGGCGUUUGCAGCUCCAGAGCAAUUCAGCGCCCAAUGCCUCGAAUCGCUCACUCUUCGCUCUGGACCUGGAGACGUGGACGUACCUCAACCACGGGGCCUUCGGAGCUCCUACGAAGGUGGCAAUUGAAGCGGCUAAUCAUUGGAGGGCGCAGGCGGACGCGCAGCCGCUGAAUUUCAAUGACCGAGAGCUGUUCCCGUUGGUGGUGAGGGCCAUCAAGUCGCUCGCAGGGUUCGUGGGCGUUGCCAAGCCGGAGACGCUGGUACUGCUGCCCAAUGCAACAGCAGGGCUACAUUCUGUACUGGCCUCGGUGUUGGAGAGUGAGGCCGCAGAGGAGAAGACGGUGGUGCUGUUCAGUACGAGGUAUGGCGCUGUGAGGAAGAUGCUGCAAGCGGUCGAAGGCUCCAGCGCCGGAAAGGUGCAUAUCCACGAGGAACCGCUGUCUUUGAAGGAGUCGUACGACGACCAGAAGGUGGUGGAGAAGCUGGAGAACGCGCUGGAAGCUGUUGAAGCUGCUGGACGGCGCGUGGCGCUUGUGGUGGUGGACCACAUCACGUCCAACACGGCGGUGACCAUGCCUGUGAAGGAGAUUGUGCAGCGCUGUCACUCCCGAAGGGACCGCGUUCCGGUGCUCGUGGAUGGAGCGCAUGGUCUGCUGAACCUGCCGCUGGACCUCGACGACUUGGGCGCCGACUACUACGUCGGCAACUGCCACAAGUGGUUCUGCUCCGCACGCGGCGCCGCCUUCCUGCACGUUGCGAGGGAGAAUGGACCAGCUAUCGAGCCGCGCGUGAUCUCGCACGGAUUUUUUUACGGUAUGCAGAGCGCCUUCAUGUGGACGGGCUUGGAGGACUACAGCGCGUGGCUCGCGCUGCCGCAAUGUCUUGCCUUCUGGCGCAGUCAAGGUGUCGACGAGACGCGCGAGUACAUGCACUCGCUGGCUCAAGAAGCUGCAGAGCUGCUGUAUUCGCGAUGGGGGAUGUGCGGCCACCUCGCUCGAGAGCGCGAGUUUCCGCAGCACAAGCGACAUGCCAUGCGCCUCGUGCAACUUCCGACCUCCCGACGGCUCUGCGGUGGUGUCGUGGUGGAUGAGAAGGGCCCCAAGGCCACCUCGACCGAUGCCAAGCGCGUUCAGGACGGACUCCACUACAUUCACCACAUUGAAGUGCCGGUCAAGUGCGUGGAUGGCAAGCUUUACGUCCGCGUGUCAGCCCACGUCUACAACUGUCUGGACGAUUUUGAAAAGCUCGCUGUCGCUGCAGUGGAGGGGUAG